AUGUUAUCUUUAAACGCAACAAAUAACCCAGAAACUGAACAACUACACACAAGCCAUCUAGCUAAACGCUGUUUCUUUAUGCCACGUAUGUUUGGAGUAGGUUGCUUCACGCCGUGUGUAUGGUAUUGUUCUAUGCCAAUGCAACAACCUAUUGCGAUGAUGCCUAUCGGAAUGGUGCCUAUGAUUAAUGGGAUGAAUGGUGGAAACGGUCAAAAUGGUAAUGGAAAACGUAUGAAUGGGAUGAAUGGUGGUAACGCAAAUGCCAUCGCGAAUAAAUUCUUAUCUUCAAAUAGCACAUUAAAAAGUGAGAAUAACUAA